AUGUUGGUUUUGCCUCUUGUCAGUUGCAUGUUCUGCCCGCUUUUUUGCAACUCCCAGUUUCUACACAUGCCUCACACAGCGAUUUCCUCUCGAGCGCCCAGCAUUCGCCUUCUCAACUGCCGAUUCAGCAUCGCCAUGUCCGGUGACAACGCAGCCACUCUUGCCCAGUUCUCUGCCAUGUGGGCCGCGCUCGACGAGCCAGCCAGGCAGCGCCUACUGUCCAGCGUGCCUGCCCCAUCCAGCUCCGCUCCUCCUGCAGUGCCUUCCACGCCCACAGCCAACACUGCCCAGGAGGCCCACGCAGCCGAUGAGAGCCCCGCCAAGCCCACUACCAAAGCGCCACCUGAGAUUGUCACUGGCGAAGCUUCACCCUCCCAGCCCAUGCUCUCAGCCCAGCAAGCCCAGGAGCUCCAGGACCUCAAGGCCACCGCCUUGGCCCGCCGUCAGGGCACUCUGGACAGCGCCGCCCAGAUUGCCCAAGAGCCCAGCACAGCCAAGUCCUCGGCCCAGCCCAGUGCUCCGUCGGGGGAAGCUGGAUCCCGAAUCGCCGGCACGAUCUCACUUUCCUGGACCCCCUCACGGAAUGCAUCUGGACGCCAGGGCACCUGCGUGCAGCCUAUGCCGCCCGUCAGCCCCUUCCCAGCCUUGUCUUCAAGAGAGACAGGCAACCAGUGCCCACAGCCUUCCUCGAGGCCUUAG